AUGAAGAUGAUAAGCUCUCGUGUUACCUUCUGGAGCUGUUCAAUAUAUGUUUUAGCAGUUACUGGAAUAGAUUUCGGCUUAUCAUCUUCAACUGAUGGCUUCGGCUUCUCUGGUAAAUUGCUAAUCGCUGACCACUGGUUCAGCCGCACAACCGUCUACUACGAGUUCCACCAAGUCGUUGGCUGCCGCUACAUCCCCGACAUCGCCGACCUCCGGAUGUCGUAUGUCUACCACCGCGCCUUCCGUACGACGUUCGCCGUAAUCAACAGGUGGCGGGGCUUCGACUGCGUCGCCAUCCUCCAGACGUUAUCGUCGUCGCACUUCGAGAACGGGUUGUGGAAAGAGGACGCCGACUGCGUGCGGCGACAGCCGUUUGACGGAAAGGACACGAUUUUGGAAAGGGUGAAUUUUGAAUUGUACGUUAUCUGGGAGGAAUUGGGCGGCGGCGAGGAUUGGGAGGAUUUUCUUUUCUUUUUUUCAGAUUGA